AGGUAAUUCAUCGAAAGUCUUUCUAUUUUCCGCAUCUCUUGUUCAAAAUAGUAACCUACUAAAACAAGGGGGAGAGAGAGAGAUGGGCUUCAACGUGCCCGUCAUCAACCGAGACUCGGAGAUCCUCAAAGCGGACGCCAAAAAGUGGCUUGAGCAGCAGGAUAAUCAGAAGAAAUGCGUCCUGGUGAUAGUCUCCAUAGCCCUACUACUCGACAAUAUGCUCUACAUGGUCAUUGUCCCAAUUAUUCCGAAAUACCUUCGGGACAUUCAUAACUACCAGGUGACCUUCGAGGGAUACCACAAUGAGACAAGCCAGCUUGCAAACGGGACCUAUCUGGUAAGAGAGGUCGGCGGAAGGAUUAACUUUUUGGAUGAGGAGCUGGAAUUGGGAUGGCUCUUCGCUUCAAAAGCUUUGCUGCAAAUUUUUGUGAAUCCGUUUUCGGGAUAUAUUAUCGAUCGAGUUGGAUACGAGAUUCCGAUGAUUUUGGGGCUAUGCACCAUGUUUUUCUCCACGGCUAUAUUUGCUCUUGGAAAGAGCUAUGGAGUUUUGCUUUUUGCAAGAUCGUUGCAGGGCUUCGGCUCAGCGUUCGCCGAUACUUCCGGUCUUGCCAUGAUCGCCGAUCGAUUCACCGAAGAAAACGAGAGAUCAGCGGCACUUGGAAUCGCCUUAGCCUUCAUCUCGUUCGGGUGCCUAGUUGCUCCACCAUUUGGCUCCGUAUUGUACUCACUCGCCGGAAAACCCGUACCUUUCCUGAUUCUGUCAUUUGUCUGUUUGGCUGAUGCUAUUGCAGUUUUUAUGGUGAUCAAUCCCCAUCGGAGAGGCACUGAUUCUCAUGGAGAGAAGGUUCAAGGAACCCCAAUGUGGCGUCUCUUCAUGGAUCCCUUCAUCGCUUGCUGCUCCGGAGCCCUCAUCAUGGCCAACGUCUCUCUCGCCUUCCUCGAGCCCACCAUCACAACCUGGAUGUCCGAAAUGAUGCCAGACACUCCUGGCUGGUUGGUCGGAGUCAUCUGGCUCCCACCAUUCUUUCCACACGUUCUCGGAGUCUAUGUGACCGUCAAAAUGCUCAGGGCGUUCCCCCACCACACAUGGGCGAUUGCUAUGGUUGGGUUGGCUAUGGAGGGAAUCGCGUGUUUUGCAAUCCCCUAUACCACAUCGGUGAUGCAACUUGUCAUCCCGCUCUCUUUUGUAUGCUUCGGAAUCGCCUUGAUCGACACCUCGCUCCUCCCGAUGCUUGGACACCUUGUGGACACCCGCCACGUUUCGGUUUACGGAUCCGUCUACGCGAUCGCUGACAUUUCGUACUCGUUGGCUUACGCCUUUGGACCCAUCAUUGCCGGAUGGAUUGUGACCAACUGGGGAUUCACCGCCCUCAACAUCAUAAUCUUCGCCACCAACGUCACCUACGCCCCAGUUUUAUUCCUACUGCGGAAAGUUCACUCCUACGACACCCUCGGCGCCAAGGGUGACACCGCCGAAAUGACACAGCUCAACUCAUCGGCUCCAGCUGGCGGAUACAAUGGGAAGCCUGAAGCAACUACAGCGGAAUCCUAUCAAGGAUGGGAAGAUCAGCAGUCGUACCAGAAUCAGGCACAGAUCCCGAACCACGCCGUGUCGUUCCAGGAUUCAAGGCCCCAAGCCGAAUUCCCCGCCGGAUAUGACCCACUGAAUCCGCAGUGGUAGUCGUAGAUUUGGAUCUCUGAAUAUGUUUAUUCUACCAAGUGCAAUGGCCAAAAUGACUAGCCUAGAUUGCUUUAUUUCCUUUUUUCUUUCAGAUUUCUCUUCUUUUUUUGUGUCCUUUCAUCCUUCUCUGUUACUCUACAAAUUGUGAAUUAGUAUUUAUGUAUAAGUUUUAUUUAUUUAUUUAAGUAAACCAAAAAACAUUUUGAAUGUUUCACAAAUCAAAAAAAAGAAUCGAAACCUU